AUGCUCACGGAACUUUUCGAGAGCCAAGCCCUUCAACACUCUGACAGAAAUAGAGUACUCGCCAUCCUGGCAGUCCGAUCGAUUGUUUUGCACAACCAAAAUCCUAGCCAACUUGAGCUCGGAACCUCUUUCUUAGCAGAAUGGUGCCUAAAGUACUUGCACAGUUCUUCCCGAGAGCUACGAGUUGCUGCAGGGCGAACAAUGGCUGCUUUUCUCCGUGAAGGAUUGCCCAUCGAAAUUCGGAACAAGAAUCGACAAGUCGCUCUGAAUUUUCUGAGAGCACUGUCAUCGAAGGAUAUUGUAGGUCAACACGAAACAUUGAUAUUGGCUUGGGGCCGAGUAGCAGUGGUAUGCGGUGAGAAAGAGCUCAAUCUGGCAUUGCUCAGGCUGGUCGACUAUCUGGGUCAUCCAAAUUCUCUGGUUUGUUCUCUUGCUUUCAGCGAGUUGGAGGAUAUCGCCGAGACGCUGUCUCUCUCACCACAGACACUUCUCAAACCAUUUUAUCGCAGCAUCGCUGUCGCUGUCAUUCAGGAUCUCACUACCAAACCGCAGAAGGCUCAGCAGCUCUCCGAAUUCCUAGGGAUGAGCGUCAGUCAUUUUCUGCUGCUGACACAACGAGAUACCGUGCCUUUUCUUGUCUUGACAAAGAAGAAGGACAUACUACAGCGAAUUGCCUCGGCUCGUAGUGCAGAGACUAGCAUACAAGACAUUUGUCUUCAGCCGCCUGCUAAUCUUGCUGUCGUGAUAUCUACGUUGCUCUUCCAGUCAUCAAGUGAUGUAGAAGGUAACGCAAUCAGAUGUCUUGCUGAAGUUGCUCCUGGCAUUCAGAGCAGCGACCUGGGAAGUCUGAUCAGAUCAAAUCCUGUUCUCAUCGCGUGUGAAAUGCUCAAGACUGCGGGAGACGAAGAUGAGUCGAAUGCAUCUAAGGCACAACAAGCCAUCCAGAUUUUCACUAUGCUGGUCGAAGGGAAGCCAAGUCAUACAAAGUCGAAUGCCAAAGCCAAUCGUAUGGUUAUCAGUUUCUUCGAAGCACAUAUUUUGGGCAUCAUGACCGAGUUCUCCAACUCAAUCGACAACACCCUGUCAUUGUCACCAUCAGAAAAGCUUCGCUGUGUUAAUGCAAUCGAACAAAUGAUCAUAUUAGCUAAGAGCAAGGUCAGCGUAGCUCUUCCUCAGAUAAGAGCGUGUCUUCAGAGCGCCAUUGAUCAGCCCAAACUUCAAGAGUCAGCACUUUCUGCUUGGCUUACUCUAAUCGGUGUUCUAGAAGGCGAUGAUGUUGCUGACAUGGUUGAUCAUACCUUCGCGCUCGUGGCUCAACAUUGGGAUAGCCUCUCCUCGCCUCUGCAAUUGAAGAUUCACGACACUAUCAGUGAGAUGGUCAAGACUCACAGCAAUGUGAUACGGGAGAAGCUCAUGACCAUACCAUCAUUGGCUUCGAUCCCGUUGAUGUCCAAGAUUGGUCUGGAAAUACAGAGGUUGAAAAAGGACGAACGUCCCGACGUCCAUCUGCGUGCCUUCGCUAAACGAUUGCACGAUGAGAAUGUCGCGAUCGUUACUCAGGGACUCCGCGAGCUAGUCCCAUGGCUCGGCGAAAACCAAGGCUUUGUUCAUGAGGCAGCUGUCAGCGAACAACCUAAGGCUGCGAUAGCCGAUGUAAUGCGUGCUUUGUUGGAUGUCUGCACAAAGUAUGCUGACCAUGACUCCACAGUCGUCGAUCUGAGUGCACAAUGUAUUGGUAUCAUUGGCUGCUUGGACCCCAACAGUGUCGAGAUGAGCAGCAGCAGAAGACAGGUGCUCGUGCUUUCGAACUUUGAAAAGGCCUCUGAGGUUAUCAACUGGGUCGCUAUCAUGCUCGAAGAUGUUCUGGUACCAGCAUUCAGAUCAUCCACGAACGCACGCGACCAAGGUUUCCUAGCCUAUGUCAUGCAAGAACUGGUCCGAUUUUGUGGUUUCAACGAAGCCGCGACUGCGCGCAUGAGGCCAUCUCAAGCCGGCCCUGCUUACAGUCGCUGGGCGGAGAUGCCAGAAAACGUCCGGAAUACGCUCACUCCCUUUUUGAGCUCAAGAUACUUGCUAAACAGCAGUUCGUCCGUUCAACCAGGGAAACGAAACUACCCUGUCUUUACCAACGGUAAACGUCACAGCACAUGGCUUCGCGAAUGGGCUUACGAUAUGAUGUGGAGAGGUAAAGGCGAUAACGCAGAAAUGGUUUUCCCCAUCCUGGCACGCAUCAUCAAUCGACACGAUAUCUCGAUUGCUAGCUUCCUGCUCCCGUACGUGGCACUCAACAUCGUUCUUGGCGGUACUGUGCAGGAGGCUAAAGACAUUGGAGUUGAAAUGCUGACAGUCUUGUCCACUGAAUCACCUGUUGAAUCUGAGAAGGAGGCGCUUCGUCAAUGCAGCGAGAAUGUCUUUGCUGUGUUGGAUUACAUGUCGAAAUGGCUACAGGAGAAAAAACGAACAAUGGCCGCAUACCGAGCUGCAGCUUUGCGAGCUGGUCAUGCACCUUCAGAGUUGGAGGAAGUCAAAGACGUCGGCCAAAUUGAAAGUGUCGAGAGCGUGAUAAACUCCAUUCCGGCAGACAUCAUCGCCCAACGUGCUAUGGAGUGCGGCUCAUAUGCUCGUGCUCUGUUCCAUUGGGAGAGCUACAUCCGAAGUGAAUCUCGGAGACAAACCAAUCAGAACGCCAAAGAGCACGACGCAAUGUUCCAACGUUUGCAUUCUAUCUAUUCUCAAAUAGACGAGCCGGACGGUCUUGACGGAAUUUCGGCACACCUCAACAUCCUUAGCCCAGAGCAACAAGCUUUCCAACAUCAGAGAGCAGGCAGGUGGUCAGCUGCACAAAGCUGGUACGAGUUCGAACUGAUUAAGGAACCCUCCAACACAAGCCGUCAAAUCGAUCUUUUAAGCUGUCUCAGAGAAUCUGGUCAGUAUGAUCAAGUGUUGCGUUAUGCAUCGUUUUACAAAGAUAACUCGAGUCAGAGCGACAAAGGUACACUCUUGUCGUACAUCACAGAGGCAUGUUGGACUACAGACAGAUUUGAUACCCUCAAGGACACUCUCGCGGGUCUUUCGGAAGAUGGCCAGACCGAUUUCAACAUUGGAGUCGCCAGAGUGCUCCUCGCCAUGCAAGAGAAAAACCAAGAUGCAGUGUCAACCAUGGUCAACAGACUUCGCAAUAUCGUGGUCAAGGGCAUCACCUCCGUCUCUGGGAGCUCGCUACAGGCUUGCCAUGAUGUUCUGUUGAAACUCCAUAUUGUGUAUGAGAUAGGUGCACUCAGUGGAGCGAUCGAUGUUCCUGCUGCUCAAGAUCCAGCUGCUACAUCAGUCCUUGCGGUUAUGGAUAAGAGAUUGAACGUCAUCGGAUCAUACAUCUCUGACAAACAAUACUUGCUUGGCAUACGACGUGCAGUCAUGCGAUUGUCGAGCGUCGAUUUCUCGAGCGUCAGCAUCGGCAGUUCAUGGCUCACAACCGCUCGUCUUGCUCGAAAGACCAAUGUCUCAACCGUCGCACAUUAUGCUGUACUCAACGCAUUCAGCUGCGGAGACGACGCAGCCAAGAUCGAACAUGCUAGACUGCUUUGGAAAGACAAUCAGCACAGACAAGCCAUUCAGAGCCUCGAGGGUGCCAUUGCGUCCAAUACGUUCGCAACUUAUGACCAGAGGAUGGUGGAUACCAGUAAUCCUGAAGAAGCACAACAGAAGCAGAACAUGCUUUCUGCAAGAGCGCAUCUGCUACUUGCCAAAUGGCUGGAUGCUUCUGGACAGACACAGGCAACAAAAGUAGUAGGCAAGUAUCAGUAUGCUGCCAGACAUUACUCCAGAUGGGAGAAAGGUCACUACUAUCUGGGCAAGCAUUACAACAUGCUUCUCGAUGCUGGAAAACUUCUUCCUUCGCACAAGCAGUCUGAGCCUUUUGUUUCUGGAGAGCUGACCAAACUGGUCAUCGUAAACUACUUGCGGUCUGUACCAUUUGGCUCCAAGUACUGGUAUCAGACAAUCCCAAAAAUCAUCACACUCUGGUUGGAUCUUGGCAUGGAUUGUAUGCAGAGGACCAGGAAUGAUGUCCAGGCUGAUGUGACCGCCAAACGUUCUCACUGGCUUGAUGCGAUUCACAAGCAAAUGAGGAAAUACUUUGACCGUAUACCUCCAUACAUCUUCUACAACGCUCUGCCUCAGAUGAUCUCGCGUAUCACUCACCCGAACCCCAAAGUCUACGAAGUGUUGGCAAUGAUCAUUCAGAAGAUUGUUUCGACCCAUCCUAGUCAAGCACUUUGGUUCUUGCUAGCGGUCUGCAAGGCCACUGCAUCGGAUAGAGCAAGCCGUGGCGUGGCCAUCAUCAACAAGCUGAAAGACCCUAAGAACAGGCCGAAGAGCGACUCGGCUAGUUUUGACCUGAGAGUGAUGAUAAGUCACGGGCAGAAGCUAUCGGAUGGUCUGCUACAAGCUUGUGAGAUCCAUAUCGAGACACGGUCAGCGAACGUCAGUCUGUCCAAGGAUCUGAACUUCAAUCACAAACUGGCUCCCAAUCCUCUUGUCAUACCUCUGGAAUCUACCCUGACAGCCAAUGCUCCUGUGGUGCAGGACGCUUUCCACAUCCGUAAGUUCGUGGCAUUCGCUCAGGAACGCAUUACGAUACAAAGCUUCAGCGAUGAAGUCCUGGUGCUCAACUCUCUGCAGCGACCACGUAAGUUGACAGUCAGAGGAUCGGAUGGCAAACAAUAUGGACUUUUGUGCAAGCCAAAGGACGAUUUGAGAAAAGAUCAACGCCUCAUGGAGUUCAAUACAAUGAUCAACAGAGCACUCAAACGAGACACGGAGUCGAGCAAGCGUCGUCUGUACAUCAAGACAUAUGGUGUGACGCCAUUGAGUGAAGAAUCGGGCACCAUCGAGUGGGUUGAAGGGAUCAAACCUCUGCGCGACAUUCUUCUCAAGUUAUAUCAGCGAAAGGGUGUGCAACCUAAUUACAACGAACUACGAGUCUUCCUUAGUGAGGCAAGCUCUAAUCCGGCUAACGUGGAUAUCUUCACCGAGAAAGUACUCAAGGUUUUCCCAUCCAUCCUUCAUGAGUGGUUCACGGAGAUGUUCCCCGAGCCUGACACAUGGUUCGCUGCUCGCUUAAGAUAUGCUCGCUCAGCAGCAGUCAUGUCUAUGGUAGGACAUGUCCUUGGACUUGGUGAUCGACAUGGAGAAAACAUCUUGCUCCAAGAAGAUACUGGUGGUGUCUUCCAUGUCGACUUCAAUUGUCUAUUCGACAAAGGUCUCACAUUCGAGAAACCAGAACUUGUUCCUUUCCGCCUGACACACAACAUGAUCGCGGCAAUGGGUGCUUACGGAUAUGAAGGACCUUUCCGCAAGUCGGCUGAAUUGACACUGGGCUUGCUCCGUCAACACCAGGAUACUUUGAUGAACAUUUUGGAAACGUUCUUGCACGAUCCUACCACUGAUUUCAUUGGCAAGAAGAAGAGGACUACGCCUGGAGUGCCAGAGACACCGCAAGAAGUUCUCGACUCGGUCAGUGGAAAGCUCAAAGGAUUCCUCAGAGGAGAAACUGUGCCAUUGAGUGUGGAAGGUCAUGUAAAUGCUUUGAUUGGACAGGCCACUGACCCGUGGAAUUUGUGUCAGAUGUACAUUGGUUGGUGUGCAUUCUUGUAG